UCCCUCUUUCGUGGUGGCUGUGCAACAUUCAUUCCUAAAGAGAAUUUGGUCGGGUUUAUAAAACUCAUCCACACAGCCAUCAGACCGCAAUCACACGUCAAUCCAUAACAAACAUGCCUCCUAAGUUCGAUCCAAAUGAAAUUAAAAUUGUCUACCUACGAGCGACCGGCGGUGAAGUUGGCGCGACAUCUGCUCUUGCCCCCAAGAUCGGUCCUCUUGGUUUGUCUCCCAAAAAAGUUGGAGAUGACAUCGCCAAGGCAACACAAGACUGGAAGGGACUGCGAAUCACAGUUCAGUUGACAAUUCAGAACAGACAGGCCAAGGUGUCAGUUGUACCAAGUGCCUCGUCACUUAUCAUCAGAGCCCUGAAGGAACCUCCUAGAGAUCGCAAGAAAGUCAAGAACAGUGAGUGGCCCAUUCCUAACAUCUUCUUCAGCCCUGUAAAACUCCCUGGUUAAUUUUCGAAUCUCUUG